GAGUUCUAAUCUCCUUUCUACCCCGUACCCCAAACUAUACUAUCGUAUCCUAAACUCAAUCAAUGGUGGAGUUGGUCGGGACCCGCGGACCCCCCCGCGGACCUUUCCCCAGGUUCUCCUGUCGGGUAUCAAUCGACCUCCGCAUUCUCCCCCGGAAAUAUAUUCGAAGAAAAAUGAGCGGAUCCCAGGAUAUCUCACUGCCGAUAGUCCCGUUAUGUAAUUCGGUUCCCUCGGAAUCGCAACAGCAAGAAAAUGACAUUCUCUUCACCAGACAAUUGCCUGCAGUUUCCGCAACUAUCGCAUGACCCAAACCAUGAAUGCGAGAUAAUUCCGAUCAAUGAGCUUCAGUUUUCGCUGCCACUAUGGUUGACUCCCCCCGGUUCAGAGCUGGGCCUAUCCGUGAGCUCUGUCGCCCAUGAGGGUGAAAAGGAACAGCUACCGCGAUGGAUUCAGACAGAGCUGGGCCGGUUAGAGAGCCUGGAGGGUUCUUACCAGAACCAGGGACCCUGUACUAACAGUGUCACCAAUUCAUACUCACAUUAUCAAAAUACCGAUCGAACCUGUUCAGCACCCGCCGUCAAUAUUCAACAGGGGCUUGAUCCAGUCUCCACACCACAAAAGCAAAGCUCAGGGCGGCGGAUACGUCGACAGAACCACUCGUGUGAUCCCUGUCGUCUGGCAAAACGGGGAUGCGAUCUACCAAGGGGGGUAGCAAUCUGUGGUGACAAACCCACAGUUGCGUGUACCAUGUGCUCUCUCCGUAGUAUGGAAUGUACGGUGGCCUGGUUAGCUAGCCGGAAACCCUCCCACCAUGUCCAGAGGCGGACAGAAAGUUCCCCUCGAUCUCCCGUGGGCAACGAGGCCCCCAAUCCCCAAUUAAAGCCAGUCGAGGAUGUGUCCCAGAUGCAGGGUUUACCGUUGAUACCCCGGGCCGAAUGGGACCAAGCGAAGCAGCUGGAGGCACGAGAGAGGUGCUUGCAGCACUUGUAUUUAUACAUCGAUGUCGUUGAUAUGCAGAUCACAACAUGCCUUUCCGAGAGAUGCAUGCCUCCUUGCUAUUCUCUAGGGAUUGACGCUCUGAUUCCACUGGGCGACAGUGGUGAUGUAUCACCGUACCUGGAGCGCGCCCGAUGGAAUAUCGAUCACUCGUGGCACAUGAACCUGACAUCGUGGAACUCAACAUCUGCGACACCAAAUCUUUAUCUCGCUGUGUCGCUUCUGGACGCACUCUUUCAGCACCCGAGGCAGAGCCCUACAUCUAGCAAUAUGCGAGAUGAAGCUAUUGAUGAAACGUACAAAUGGGUUGCUAUUGCAAUAGCCACCCAAUUCAUAGUGCACGAAAGCAACUGUACGGAAACUGCCAAGUCCCAUGCACUCGCUAGAGACAUUGCUUAUGCUACAUGGCAAAAGGCUAGAGAGAUGCUCUUCAAGAACAUCGGAGCCACUGGGUCCUUUCGCCUGGCACUCUCUCUUCUUCUUUUUAGCGGAAUCUUGCCACCGACGGGGCUAGAGCAGAGCGAAACGUGUGCAGAGGAUGUCGCUUACGCGCAUCGUGAGGGGGCUCGGCGUAUUCGAGCACUCUGUUCUAAUGCGCGUGUCUAUCUCCAGGAAAAUCGCGGGAAAGGGAGCCCCUCUUUCUCGUCCUUAAGAACGGUAGGCGCCAGCACUGAGAGACGAAAGUCACAUAUCGUCCAAGAAUUCUCGCCCGAGGCUCGGCAAUACAUCCUAGAAGUGGUUGGCGCCAUUGAGUGGUUCUUCUGGAUGUCUCACUCCGCCUCCAUCGCCAUGUCUCGUGAGCAAACGGACCCGACAAAUCUCGGCCUUCAAUACGCGAGUAUUAACAAAUUAGCCUUGCAGGGACCGGCACAGCCCAGCAAUCUAGACGAAACGAAGACCAGGAGGCAGGAGCAAGAAAUUGAGAAUUCUAUUCUUGCUCGCGCUCGGCCUAAACAGCACAAUGUAACUGCGCUGUGGUCGCAGAGCGUAUCGUGCGAUAUUGUGGAUCGCGCUGUCACUAAUGCAGGCUCCCUUGCUGUGCUGCUGUGGCGGUCACUAGCUCUGCUGACACUAGCAUCGCAGGAUCUGUUGGCAGGUACGGGAAAUUAUGAAGACUUUCUGCGCCACUACACUGCGAUAACCACGCUUAUCGACUCGUGGCGAGAAGCCUUUGGUUCAAUCACCCCUACAACUAUUGAGAGCUUACAAGCGUCCCUAGCGAAUGUCCAACGCAGGGUUCUCUUCUGCGCCACCGAUGGCGACUUGGCGAUUCUCCUGUUCGAUGAGCUUAUCCGCGAACUGGAGGCGACCCUUGUGGAAUCAUUGUCAGUCGAAGACAGCCUCUACACGACUCUCCGGUCGACGAGUGCGUAUCGUCAAGAAGAGAGACUCGCCAGCGCCAUGAAUAUAUCCUAUCUAGCUUCACUGAGUAUCGGAGUGCCGAGCCCCGGAUUUCAGGGGGCCAAUGGUUUGAAGGCAAAUGUACAGGACAUUGCUGCGCAUCCGGUGAGGCGACCGGCCCUUGUUGUCAAGGCUUAUACACUGACUGCCAAAAUACUUGCGGACGAGAUCCAGCGAUUGAUGACUAGGAUGGAGACAAGAAACGUGUACACACUGACAACCGGCCUGAACAACUGCCUACAAGGGUUGCAGGCGCUGGAAAAGACCCUUGUGAUGUUUCCGAAUAGAGGCGAUGAUGGCACAAAAGCACCCUUAGAGUAG